GGCAAAACAUGAUGGCAAUUCCAGUUUGUUUAAUAUUCUGCUGCUUAUGGAUGAAACUCAUCGCCAAUAAGUCUGAAAUGUUAACUAGAAAUUUUUCACAGCAACCUUCGUAUACCGACAAAUGGCCUAAAAUGAACUUCGCGGAGGAAUACAGAGCAGAUUCGCCUCUAUCCUGUGCAAGUAUGUGUAGGCCUUAUUGUUCGUGUUUUGGUUACCAGCAUUCGACGAAAACAUGUCGUGUUUUUGAUUUCUGCCGCUCUCAGGACACUGGGAAUGAGAGGGGAUGGGUUUAUUACAAAACACCGACAGAAUGUGACGGAAACUGGAUGGCGUAUAAUGGACAUUAUUACAUUCUAAACCAAACAAAGCUAUCCCAACCUGAUGCAAUUAGUGAGUGCAAAAAGUGUGGUUCUUUCCUUGUUGAAAUUAAUGAUAAAGACGAAAACAAAUGGAUUGAAGAGCACCUGCUAAAGGAUGUUUACUGUACAGACAAAUACGACUGUACCUCUUGGAUUGGUGGAAAUGACAUCGAAACAGAGGGACAGUUUGUAUGGGGACACUCAAAAACACCUUUUACGUAUAUGAAUUGGGACCCAGAUAAUCCGAAUGAUUAUGAACAUGAGAUCAAAAUUCGGGAUUGUGUGGAUAUUUUUUAUAACGGACAGUGGAAUGAUCGGCUAUGUGACGCUUUAGAAAAUUUUAUCUGUGAAAAAUGAGACCCCCCCCCUUUUAUUUGGUUAAGUUUUGAAUAAUUUACUUGGACAUCCAACAUAUUUUUUUAUUGUUAAAAAACUCACAUACAAUAAAAUCAGAAAAAAACAUCGUUGUUGAAUUUAGCAUUGUUGA